CGGUGUCUCUCCUAUAAAAUCCCGAAUCUCUUCCCUGUACGCAUUCCACACUUUCCUUCUCCGCUCAAGGUCAGCCUCUAUGAGGACGCCGACCCCCUCGACAAACGGCAAGCCCACCGUUCCGCCGUGGAGAGCCACCCUAAGACCACGAAUGCCCAAGAGUUUGCUGGAGAUGGACGGUGAUGGUAUCGACCAAAAGACGAAGGCAGAACAUUUGAAAAUCCACGAGUCGAUUCAGGCCACCAAAGAAAAGUUGAGAUCGGAAGGUUAUUUUGAUAAACCGCCGGCAUUUAACGGUUGGGAAGUCUGGAAGGAAGAUUUGAAAGCCCGUUCUGCACUCAAACAAAAGCAGGAGCAUUUAGAUGGAACAAAACAGAAACUGCAGAAGCGGCAUGGAGAAGAAGGAAAAGUACAGAAGAAGAAGAAGAAGAAGAAGAAGAACAAGAACAAGAAGGAGGUGGACCUAAGGUUGCCGCGCUGUUACUUAACUAGAGAGGAGACAGUGGAAUACAACAGGAAGGUCAAGGAGUCCGGGGGAUUUGAUGUUGGGGACCUUCCCAGUGGUGUUCUAGACUAUUGUAUAAAGCCUCUUACGAUUGAUGAAACUCGUUCUCGUAAAUCGAUGCUCAAGUUUCAGGAUAUGGCAAAGACAGCUAUUAGAGUUUACAACGAAGAACAUGACACAAAGUAUCAGUUUGUCAAGGUCAUCAGAGUAAAUUGGAGGAUGUCUAUUUGGUCAUUCUAUUAUAUAACCUUUGAGGCCAAGGAUGACAUGACUAGUUCUCCUCCCCAGAACUUCCAAGCGUACGUGCGUAUGUCUUCUGAGGGUGAGAAAACUAUCAAGUUUUGCAGGGUUGAACAGAAAUCCGAACUGCGUGAAGGUUGUGGGGAGACAUCACAGCAGUGGGAGUAAGCUUGUGGAAUUUUGAUGUUCAUGUUGAUGGGUGUGUUGGUGAAGAGUGUGGCUAUGUCUCUCAAAUUUCAAAUCCAAAACGCAGAUACUAUUAAGUUUGUUGUUGGUGCUUUCAAUCUAGUCUGUCAAUUAAGGAUAUUAUGGAUAUUAUAUAGGGAUGAUUUUUCAUAAGUCCACUAUAGCACUUUCCAAACCCACUAAAUCCACUUUUAAAUUUCAAAACCCACUAAGUCCACUAACAUAUUAUUAAUGAUAUAAUAACGCUGUCUAGUCUAAAAUACUCCUGUUUUUUAAAAAGUUUUUGCCCCGUUUUUCCAUCAAUUUCGAAAACAUUGAUUUGAAAUUUUCGAACUUCGAAAAUCUCUCACAAUUCAGUACAAAUAGAAUUCCCCCCCCCCCCCAUUUUUCAGAACGAACCCCUGUUCGUGAAAAGCGUGAAAAGCCCUAGACAGUUCGUGAGAAGCACUAGGUCGCCUGCCAUUUUGUCGUCGGCCUUCUUUGUUCACCAACGGUCUCGCCUGUUGAUAGUCGUCGUUCUUCUCCAUAGUUUCAGACGGACGUUCUUCUCUGUUCGUCGCCGUCCUACGAUCAAUUUCAGUCGCCCAUUCUGGUCGGGUGCUAGUCGCCGUUCUUCGCCCAUUGUAGUCGGGUGGUAGUAGCUGUUCUUCGCCGUUCUCCUUCGUUCCAGUCGGACGCCGUCCUGCUCUUCGCAGUUGUUCGCCUUCGUUUAUCAAACGCCGUCAAAUCCUACAUUGGAAUCGAUUACCAGCAAUGACGAAACCUAAAAGAACAGGGAAAGAGUUGGUACUUGCGGUGUACGCUAAAGAAGCCUGUCCGUUAGCAAUGAUUGACCCUCCAAAAGAGAUGAGGCAGAAGAAAACACCAAGGAAACGGACAGCAGACCCUGCUGUCAUAAGUAUAGAAAACAGUAAACAUAAGUCUGAGAUAGUCAAGUCUUCCUCCCCCUCCCUCUCCCCCUGGAAAAGGUGUCCGCAAAGAAACGGACAGCAGACCCUGCUGUCAUAAGUAUUGAAGACAGUGCACAUAAGUCUGAGGUAGUCAAGUCUUUCUCCCCCUCCUCCCGGAAGAAUGUGUCCGCAAGGAAACGGAAAGGAUCACAAGAAGCUGCUGUAGAAGCAACUGUCUAAAGUUCCUCCCCAACCCCAAUUCAAAUCAAUAGAAAACACCAUGGAAAGAAGCCAGACACUGCAAUGGUUUAUGAGAGAAAGAGGAAAAGGCCAAAUAGUGGAGAUGUAGAAGUUAUAGAUUUGAACACCCCAACAAAGAGAGUCACACGGUCUGCUGAGGCAUUGAAGAAAAUGCAAAGGAGUAAGUACAAAGAAGAAAGGGAGGACAAAGGGUUUAGACGAAAAUCAAAGUAUCAAAUCUCUGAGAGUGGAAGUUUAAAUAGAAAAUCAAAUGUUAACCAAAAGGUAAAGGAGGGUCAAGAAGAAGAGGAAUGGGAUGAAGACAAGGGAGAUGAAGAAGAAAUUGAAAAGGAAAAAAAAGGGCAGAAGAGAAAAGGAAUGAAGGGCACGUAAGGCCAUCUAAAGCAGGAAAAAGUUGAACACAAGAAGGCCAUUCAGUACAGGUAAAGACACAUGAUAAUAUGUAUAUGAACGUAAUGAUAUAAUGUCAUUUUAUACCGACAUGUGUAAGAAUAUAUAUGUUUAUAACCUGUAAUAUAUAUGGUUAUAUAUGAUUUUCUGUUUCAUUUUAA